AUGGAAAAGCUUAACAAUGCGCCCAACAGGGAUAAAUACAGCAAAUUUUUGAAGGGAAUUCCCAGGCCUCUUUGGAAUUCUAGAGCGGAGUUAAAGUUGGAACUUGACAGAAUUUUUCAAGUUGAGAGAAAGUUGCCGGUGACGCUUAAAUUUGCUGAUGUGGUGACAAAUUACAUGAAGCAGGACAACGAUGACAUUUAUCUUGCGUCUAAAGACUGGCCCCGAAUCGCUAAGAGAUUUCUUGUAUCUCUUGGAAUGAGUACUGCUCAUGCUCCUGAUCAGUUUGAGAUUCAUGACCACAUGUUGAUACUUUCUGAGGCUUUUACUGGAUUCAACAACGUAUUACUGGGAGUGACGAGAGAGUUCACAAUAGUGCCUCUUGUUUUUAUUGAAGCUCAUGAUUGUGUUUAUAUAGGUGAACAUCUCAUGUAUGCUGAUAACAGUUUCCACUGCCUGAUGGACAAGCUGCCUAACACAAGUAUUGAUUCUAGUGUUUUGAGACACAUGAAUAUUGGACUAGAGCAUUCUCUUAUUGCCUUCAAAAUCACAUUACAGGGAAUAGCAAAGCUUUGUCGGAAGAUCGAUGAAGACUUGGUUUCUGAAUCAGAGACGGUAUCUCCUCGGCAUAAAUAUGGUGAAGGGUUGAGAGACAAAACAUAG